CAUGGACUUCGCAUAUCUCCAAUGUUUUUUAUCUCUUUGCCCAUUGAAGUUAUUCUAGAGGUUUUGAAAUACUUGAGCACUUCGGAUAUCCUUUCAUUACGACAGACUUGCACUUAUCUGGCCGAACUUAGCAAAGACAGACUGAUAUGGCAUGAUCUUAUACAAGAACAACGUACAAGACUACCUCUCCCACCAAAUGCUCGUGGUAAUCUCGAAGCCUGGUCAACGGAUGCUUUAGAGUCUCUAGUCAUUUCCAAUGAACUUAUUGAUGAUCUAUGGCUCAUCCCAAGAGAAACCCCGCCAGUGAAGUUACAGAACAGGCGCGGAGAGCUUUUGCUUGGCUUGGAAAUAUUCGCGGAUCGAUGGAUUCUUGCUGUUUAUAUGGAUGGGUACAUGGAUUUAUGGGAUGCGGAAAGUCCUAAUGAGGAUCGACGAUGGUGUUUUGUCUAUACGGGGAAUGACAAGACUACGUCUUUCAAAGUCGCCCACACGGAGGACAAGCUACUGGUUGUGAUUACGAGGGCGCAUCUACCUGGAACAUGGGUGGCCGUUCUCUUUUCUAUUUCAUCGUCUCGGGUUGCUAGGCAAAUAUUCAUUCGUGAACGAAUCAUAGCGUUUUCUCAAUUGGGUUUGAUCGAACUCGCCCAGUGGUCCGAGGAUGCAAAGGAUGUUAUCAGGUCAACGGUAUUGGCUUCGAAUAUUCAGUCAGAUGAGUUGGAGGAGAUGUUUACCACCAUAUUAUCCCUACGAAUACUAAACGAUCAUUAUAUCUUCGUUUUCAAGACUCGGUCUAUCGAGUUGUAUCCCACUACCCAUUCAGCAUCGCCAUCAGUUCCUCCGCCGUUUUUGCCUUCGCUCAGACACGUCUUCCCAAGUUACAGUUUUCGUGAUGUUCAGAUAGCGGAAGUUGAAUCAGAAACACUGACUGAAGAAGAAUCAUCCUCUUCUGGAUAUGACGGAACUCGUUACACUUUGAAGAUGUUGGCCUCGGAUGUUAUACAAGGAUUAUUCUACUUUGUCGCCAACAUCACUAUACCCUCAGCGCGGCACGAGCAAUCCCAGCCACCAAUACUAGAUGUUCAUCUAGCAGCAGUAUACGCUAUGGCUAAUCAUAUCCCGCUCUAUUCUAGAGCUCAUCAGCGGCAGCGGAACACUCUGCAAACGUCGCGUUCUUCGCAUGCGGCAGUCCAUGAUCGAGCCGUUCAGAAGCGUCUCUCAACGCCUCGGUCUGACUCGGUAAACUCUGUGCGCUCCUCGUCAUUCGUGAGCACAUACGCUCUGGGUCCUCAGGGCAUGAGGGCGGUAUGGAUCGAACGAAGACGUGGCUCUACGUGGAAGCAAAUCGUUUCAUGUCGACUGAAUCCGUCAUCGUCGAAUGGUCAAGAGAUGAUAUCGGAUUUAGAUUUGGAGAUGUGGAAUUCGGAUAGUUCAGAAGAGGAGGGUUCGAUCAGUCAGGAUGACAAUCUUGACUUUAUUACACAGGCUCUCGAUGGCCAUAUCAUUUACUCCGUUCAAUCUUACGACCUGAGAGAGGAUAUAACCUUCUGCGCUUUGGGCGAAGUAAGCGGGAAGAUUGUUCUGGGGAAUCGCUCAGGGGACGUUUUCAUUCUGGAUACGGGUGUCUGAGUGUGUUCAGCUUCGCUGCGGCAUCGCGUGCGCCCUGGAAAUAAUCUGUGGUCAACGUCGCUGUUCAAGCCAGAAAGUCUGUAAACAUUUUCACUGGCCAGUCUCCAGUAACUAGAUUUAUUCCCAUGUGCACCCGCGCGCGACUCUGGAAGGAGAAGAUAGCUCCUGUCGAAAUCCGGCGUUGCAGUCGUGCUUAUGGUACGUUGGAACUUGGCGCUCGAUUUUUCUACUCCGGUCUCUCAGAUAAUUUCAAGUUCUUGUAAAUCUUCUAAAUAAGGGACUGCUACAUACACGAAUAAUACAUAUAUGAUAGGAAAACGCAGUCGCAUUUGUUAUAGAUUCAGCAGAAUGAGGCAGAGCUUGGAGGCAGAGCUAGGCAGAGCUUGAAGGCAGAGCAAAGGCUGCCCGGCUUGAUUGGUAAUCAGGUCCAGAUUCACGUAAUCGCCUUAACUUGCGAAUUUUCUUCGCUCCAAUUUCUUCAGCG